AAACUCCUAUUCAAUCAAAAUUUUAAUAAUGAAAAUGAUGAUGAGAGUAAUAAUGAAAGUGGUGAAAAUACAUUAGAAAUCAAUGAGUCUAAUAUAAUUCAUUCAAAUGAACAAUGGGUAAAUGUAAUACAAAAUUUGACAGAUAUGACUGAAGAUAGAAAUUUGGAAAAUGAAAAUCCUUUAGAUUUAGUAACAGUUAGUCAUACUGUUCAUCCUGCUGAUGAUCAAAUUUCUAAAUGGGCAGUUAUAGAUAUGAUAGUUGAUUGGGUAUGGGUAGCACUUUCUAAAAGAUCUGCACAGAUAUUCACUAAGGAUAAUGUGGAAUAUUGUGGUCUUAGUCUUUUAGCUGUCACAGAUGCAAUAUCAAUAUAUGGUCCUACAAUGAUUCUGAUGAUCCUUUUGACUUUUAGAGCAGUCCAAAAGUCACUUGUUAAAAUCCAGUAUUCUGUAAAAAUUACAAUCUGCAAAUUUGAAUCAUCUUCCUUAAUACAAUAA